UCGCGGCGAUAGGGAUCAGUCAGUGUGGACCAGUGUGCAGGAACAUCUCUACUCCCAUAAUGCUUAGCGCUUACCCAGCUCUCCUCGUAUAGGUAACGGGGUCACGCAACGUCCGGGUGAAUACGAAAAGAGUUCCAGCCAGGUCGCGCAUGCACAGAAGGAACCGGCAGUACUGUGGGAUCUCACGUGCACACACGAAAACAGCAGCAGCAGUGAGCGCCAGGCAGGCAGGUGAGAGCGGCCGCCGCGUGUGAGCAUCACCCCCUCUUCCCCCGCAGUAGCCGCUCCCAGCGGACAGACUGAGACGCCGCCAUGACGGACCGAUACACCAUCCACAGCCAGCUGGAGCACCUGCAGUCCAAGUACAUCGGCACCGGCCAUGCGGACACCAGUAAGUGGGAGUGGCUGGUGAACCAGCACCGGGACUCGUACUGCUCCUACAUGGGCCACUUCGAUCUCCUCAACUACUUCGCCGUGGCCGAGAACGAGAGCAGGGCCCGGGUGCGCUUCAACCUGAUGGAGAAGAUGCUGCAGCCGUGCGGGCCGCCCGUGGACAAGCCCGACGACUCCUGAGAUAUUGCCGGAAGCGGCGACCGGCUGUGUGUGCGCCAGUCUCCCCGGAACUCCCUGCCGGAGCCGUGACACACCCGGGGGGGCCCUAGCUGUGCGGCUCACCUUUCUCUCACGUUGUUUAGUAAUGAGGGCGCGUGUGCUGUGUAUGCCGAUAUAACAUGUCAACUAAAAACUGAUUUACCAGC